AUUGUAAACUUCAGUUGGCGUCGGUCUUCGGUCAAGUUAAUUAGUUAAGUGUUAUCUUUUACAAUAACUUUUUUUUUUCUAAUUCUCUAGUAUCAAAAAGAAAAUACUGUUUUCCAUCAUAUUAUUAGUGUGUCAAUCUAAAUGUGUUGUCGCAUUUCUUAAAAGUGCUAUAAUGUGUUUUAUAUAAUUAAAGAAAAAUUUUUUUUUAAAAAAUGAAUGAAAAGGAACAUUUUAUUGGAUAAAUAAUUUUAUUGAAGAUUUUUAUACACUUAAGUGCUGACGAGACAAACCAGAAUGCCGUUAUGGGUUAAAAGUUGAAGUUCGAAAGUUCCAAUCGACAAUGAGUCGCUAAUAACAAGAAGCAAUCAGUUAAAAUUUUUAACAGGGAAUGUCCCAAAGAAAUUGAGUAUGGAAUCUGGCCAUAAUGAUCCUGACUGUACGAAUGCGUUUAUUGAUGGAACGCAUAAACGAAAUGAUGAAAAUUGGAAGAAAAUUGUAAAAAAUUAAAUAAUUAUUUAAAAAGCCCGUUGGAAUUCAAUGGCUGCGACCGACGGGCAAAUUAUUGUAGCCGCGGCUCGUUGGGCGGAUGAAGCAACAUAUCUCCGUGAAUUUGUAUCCAAAUAUCGUUUACCAACUGUGAUAAAAAUCACUAAAGGUCAAUAUGGAGGUUUAGGUGUUCCAACAUUGCCAGCGCCAAGUUUACAAAGUACAGCAUUAUUAUUAUCAGCUGGUCGUAGACGAAAAAUAGUAGCUCAAGCAGUUAAAAUAAAAGAAGGACGACGUGUUAUUGGAGUUGGUCCUAGAUUAGCGAUACCAGAUUCAUAUCCAGGAUAUUUUGAAAUUUUAAGCGAAGAAGGAAGAGCUGUACGUGGUAUUGAGUCUGUUAAUGAAUUAUCACGUAAAUGUCCUGAAGAAGGUGCAUUGGUACGUGAAACAAUAAGAGGAAUAGCAUGUAAAAUUGAAGAUGAAACAAUUUUAACUGAAGGAAGUAAAACAAUAAUAACAGGCGAAACAGUUUCGGUUGCUGGUGAAGUUGCAAUACCAGGUAGGGGAAAAUUUCUCCGCUGUAUUGAUUCACAUGGUGAUAGUGUACUAUUUGGUAUGGAGCAAAGAUGCCGUUUCAGUGCAUUGGCUCGCGAGGACAAUAUCAGCGGUGUUCAUACAGCAAAAGCACUUUUAAGUAAACGAUUACCCUUGACUGUUAGACUAGUCCAUGGCCAACCACCAAGAGGUCUUAAAUCGCAUUUUAUUCCCGAAUUGCGAUUACUUUCAACCUAUGAAGAGGAACAUGUAUUUGCCCUACCGUUGCAAAGUCGAGAAGGUGCCGCCGUAGCUCUACCAUUAGCAGCACCACUUAAAUUGGUCAAGUCAAGAAAUGAAGAAGCACUUAAGAUAAUGCCUGAAUUGAACAGGUUGGUGGAUCGAGCAACACGUCUUGUCGCCGAUGUCGCUGACAAGGCACACGUUUUAGAUGGCCGUCUGGGUGAUGGUAAAUCAAGACAAACGAGAAAUAAUGGUUUCCUUCGAAGAUCCGUGAGUUCGGACAAUUCCAAUAAUCAUCAACGACAUAAUAAUAGUAAUAAUAAUCAUCAUCAUCAUUAUAAUUAUCAUCAAUCAUGUUAUAGAGAUGAAAAUCGUGUUCCCACUGAGGAAUACGAUGAGAUUGAUCAAAUAUAUGAUUAUGUACGGGGAUUUGCACCAUUACCGAAAAGUGUCAGAUCACCAUUUGAAAAUCCAAUACGUCCAAUUUGUCCAUCACCUCCAUUAAUUGCUUCUGUUCCUGUUUCGCUUAGUCAAACUUCACUUCCAACUAGUACAACUGCCUCGGCACUUGUUCCUAAUCCAAUUACUGUAACAAUUCCAUUAGUUGAUGAUCGACCUGAACCGCCGCCAAUUGAAACGAUACCAACAAAAAAAAAUGCUGAAAAAAGAACAAGACGAACUGUUAAAGAAGCACCAGCAAUGCCUAGAAUUGAAAAACCACCAUUGGCAAAACUUUAUAUUAAAAAUGGUACACAAAGAGGACGUCCACUUUUAAGACAAAAGAGUAGUUCUCCACUUAAGGAAACACCACCUAGUUUAAAAAGUGGUUCACCUCUUUUUAACAUACGUUAUAAAAGUUUAACAAAUUUACAACAAGCAAUGGAACUCGAUGGUACUCUCGAUUCAAGUCAUUCCGGUGGGCGAACAUCAGGAGAUUCAGGCGCUAAACUUCCAGAGAAAAGGUCACGUCGUCUAAGUAGACCACGCUCUCUUACAAACCUUGUAUGGGAACUUCGAGGCGGUGGUGUCAAUUGUGCCAGACCUGAAACAUCAUUAUCAAAUAAUAUUGCUUCAUUAAUUCCACCAUCAAAAUGUGGACAACGUCUUGCUGUUACUGUCAUGUCACCAAGACGUAUUGGAACUCUUUAUCUUUGAUCUAUAAUAGUCGAAGCAAAGGAAUCACCAAGUUGUUAAAUUAAUUAAUAAAUACUCUUGUUUAAAAAAAAAAAACAAUUUGUCGAAAAACGCAACUUUUACUAUGUCCGCAAAUACAUUUUUUCUCUAUAGUGAUUUUACAAUCACUUGAUUCUUAAUUGUGCCUUAUUUUAAACAAUAAAUGUGUUUUCAAAAUGGACUUUUGUUGGGGGGGGGGGAAGUAUCACAUUUUUAAAGAUAUAAAUUUUUCUACUAAAAUAUAUAAAUACUAAUAGCGGGUACAGAAAGAAUUUUCUUUUUAAUUUAAGAGUCGAAAAAAAAUUGAAAUUCAAUGAAAACAUAAAAGUUUGCAUUUAUUUUUGAUUAAAAACAAAAAACAAGAGUCUUCUAAAUAAUAACCAAUUUUACAAUAUAAGGAAAUAAGCAUAAAUGAUAAUACAAUUGCCAUAAUACUUAAGUCAUACAUUGUAUUUUAGGUUUUUAAAAAUCUGCGAUAAUUUUGUAAUAUGAUUACAAAUUAUGUAAUAAGGUGAUCAUCACAGCAAUUAUAACAAUAAAAUAGUAAUAAUAAUAAUAUUUUGAAAUCAAAAUUUCAAUUUGUAAUCUCAAUAUUUUAUUAUUAUUAUUAUUAUUAUUAUUAUUAUUAUUAUUAUUAUUACAACUAUUAAUAAUCUAUAUUAUGAUUGCAAUUAUUAUUCUUUAAUAUUACUAUUUUUUACAUUUAUAAUAGUGUUAAGUUUAAAAAAAAAAAUAAUAGUACAUAAUUUGUAUCAAGGGCUCAAAAUAAAUGAUUGUGACAAUGGCAAGAGAUAAAUUCUCGUUCGAAUCACAAUCAUCUUUGCGUCUGUGGUGCAAAAAAAAUAUACAUAAAAUGACACAGUUUCUGUGCAUGUGAGACAGAAAAAAAAAUAAAAAAUAUUUUCACUGCUCUUGUCAUAUAGCAGUGAAUUAUUCUUUCUACAGAAAUAUGCAAUAUUUGAGAGAAAUUAAAAAUCAAAUUUUUAUUUUUUCUGCUGUAAAAGAAAAUUAAGUUUCAUAAGUUUUUUUUUUUUAUUUUCAAAGCAGUAAUUGAAAUUUAAUUUCAAUAAAUAUAGUUUAAUAAUUGACAAGAUUAUUAUAUAUUACAAAAUAGAUAUUUAAAAUUCAAUGAUAAGAAUUGUUAUAUACAUAUAUACAUAUAUUUUUAAAAAAAAUAUUGAAUGAGGCAAAACAAAUUAAAUUAAUAUUAAAAGGACAAUUUUGAUAAUGAAAUUAUUAAAUUACUUAAAAUUCCAUUAAACAAUUUUAAAAUAAGUAUAUAAAUUUUUUUUUUUAAAGAAUAAGCUUGCAAAUAAGUUAUAAAUUGCCAAGAUUGAUUUAUAAUGCUCCUCAUAUAAAAGACUAACUUUAUUAACAUUCAGAAAUUAAAAGACUUUUUUAUAAACAAAAUAGAAAAAAAUAUGGGCAAAAAAAAAAAAAUAAGUUUAUAUUAAUUUUACAACAACAAACCAGUCCAAGUAUAGCUUCCGUUCAUUUAAAAUAUAAUGACGAUCUCAAAAUGCAUCUUGGAUAUGGGUCUCAUUUUUGUGAUUAUUAUUGUAUGAUUUAGGUAGGAUAGGUUUUUUUAAUUGCGUAAAUUUUCGCAUUUUGUACCGAUUUUUUUUUUUUUAUUGACAGAUUAUAAAACGGAUUAUAUAUAGAGAAACUUCGUUAUACUGUCUUUAUUGUAUUUUGUGUCAUUAUAGUCAACAAUCAUCAGUAUCAAUUUAUAAGAUCUCCCUCGAAUACUUAAAGUAUGCGUAAGCCUAUCGCAUUGUAGGUCUAUUUCCAAUUUUUGACCGAAUAAAAAAACAAAAAAAAUGUGUUUUUUCAUUAGAAAAAUAUAAUAUAGUUAAUUGCGAUUAGCUUUACCAAAAAUCUUGUACAAUAAUCAUACAUAUAACAUAAAUAUCAAGUCAAUAAUAUCAUUUUGAUCAAUUUA